AUUUUCUGAGGUUAUUUUUUCAAUUGUUUAUAAUCAAAAAGACCAAUCUUACAGAUCGAAUGUGGUGCUCAAUGUUUGAUAACAAAGGAUUGCAAGGUGAUAUCAUAUGAAAGUAAACUUGACCAUGGAGAAAAGGGGUUGUGUUCCUUAAUUAGCGCCCCAACUAUCGCAGACCCUUAUAUAGUGGCGGAUAAUUCGUCCAUGUGUUUUAUGGUGGGUGAUGAGAUUUCAGUUUCAACAUCACAAGAAAUAACAACGGAAACUUCUAUAACAGAAUCAACAACAGGACCUUCAUCAACCUCGCUAACAACGGCAAGAGAAUCAACUUCUGUUACUUCAACAGCAGCAACAACAACAACAACGGCGACAGUGUUUCAAUAUUCUGAAACAAUUAUAGAUAUGAUAGACAACGUCAACAACCUAUGCAAAACCGACUCACAACAUGACAUAGCUGUUGUUACCACACAAGGCGUCCAUCUCUAUGACAACGCCGACUCCCUAACCACCGGAGCGUGCAGGAACAUGACGAUUGCUGAACUGUUUACAGGAUAUUCUAAUGUACCAGAUGUAUCAACAUGGUCUGCUUUGUUGACAUACACCAAUACCUUCUUUGAUCUAUUCACAAAUUCUGAUGAUCGUGUAUUUCGCUGGCAGAAGAACAGUGGGGAUAUUGUAAAAGUUGCGGACUAUCCUAAAACCAAAAGCGACUACAUUCUACAGUCGGUUUACCACAGACCGACAAAUAUCUUCAGUAACGUUAAAUGGGGAGUGUACAGGGGACUGGGGGCACAAGAGCUGUUUUUUGGGGAGUCCUCAACGACAACGAUUUGGUAUUACAGAAACCAGCAACCCCACGAAGGAACUUUUGAUAAAUAUGAUACUUCAGGGAGGGACGGUAAUCAACGACCAAUUAAUCCGUGGUAUAACCUGCCAGACAACACGGUGGCCAUAACUGGUCAGGAGAACAGCAACAGACAUCUAGUCAUUGAUAGAGAGCUCAAUGUUUACUUCUAUGAGUUGCCUGACCCUCAUGAAUUUAAUACCAAACCCCCAGUGUGUAAUCUGCAAGGAAAACUCAAACUGUAAUAAUGAAAGCUUCAUAGAACAAUGUAGGAGAAUCAUGACCUGUGUUCCAAAAACAAAAACCAACCAAACAAAAAAAAAACAAAACAAAACAAACAAACAAUUAAUUACAAAAAGCAGAAGAUAUUCUAU